CGCAUCUUGGCUUUCUCAGCUUGCACCGACGCCAUAACAGAUCAGCAUGUGGAAGUAUCUCGGAUUCUUUGCCAUAUUGGCCGGAGCGAGUUCGCUGGGUCAGCAGACUGGCUUGGAAGCCUCAACAUGUGGAGGGGGUACAGGGUGUUCGAGGUCAUCAGCUACCGAGCACUCGGAUCCGCAACUGAAUCGUAGGAGGAGGCAGCAGCAAAUCGUACAGGAGGUUGUCGUGGAGAACAACUUCGGAGGUCCUGGUUUCGGAGGACCUGGCUUUGGAGGUCCAGGGUUCGGAGGUCCAGGGUUCGGAGGUCCAGGGUUCGGUGGUCCUGGCUUUGGAGGUCCUGGCUUUGGAGGACCUGGCUUUGGACGUCCCGGCUUCGGAGGUCCCAGUUUUGGAGGUCCUGGCUUCGGACGUGGUAAAUUUGGCUUUGCUCGCAGCUACGACCAGACGGAUGAGGAGGUACCGCCUCAGGCGACAUACCAACAGCAAGACGCACUCAGUGAAGUUCCUUCUCCAGCUUGCCCAAAGAACUAUGUGUUCUCCUGUGAGGCGGUUAUCAAGCCGGUUCCAUGUGGGUACAGCUCAUAUUGAUGAACAUCUGUAAAUAAUAAACUGACUCUAACAAGA